UUUUGUAUUACACUAAACUGGUCACUCUGAUUUUUGCCCUUCCAUCACUGAAAAGCCACCGCUUGUCUUAUUAUUUUUUCGCCGAAAAUAUAAAAGUUGUUUUCCUUCGCAUAUCUAGUAAAGUUUGGAAUUAUAGAUAUUGCGCAGCGCGCGUAAACAAACUAAGUAGCCAUGGACAUCGAGCUAAGUCUGGACGAAAUCAUAGAGCGAAAGCGCUCUCAAGGAGGAGGCCGUCCAAUUGACAAGAAGUUUACGGCGAGCUUUACAAAGCAGCGUCCUAGAUUGCUUAAUAAACCGGCAUUUAAGGCUGGACCAGGACCAGGGGGCAUGCAGUUGGAUCAGCCGGUGCCGCGCUCUUUUGAUGCUCGAAACAAAAUUAUUCAGAAGACACGUGCCAAGAUUGCGGAUGCCCGCGAAAUACUCAACCAAAACAUGCGAGAGUCGGGCAUCGAUGCUCGUCAGCUACUGCUCGAGCGUAAGAAGGAGCGUCCGAUUGAUGUGAACGAGGAAUCCUUGUCCCUGCCGCCUGAGUUAUCGUCUCGUAAUGCUCGUAGCAUCUCUCGUCAUGCUCGAGGAGUGGGCGUCCACAUGGGUCAUUUUGGACAGCGCACCAUCACCAUGUCUGACCGGCCUGGUGGGGUUAUCGAGGCUGCCUACGAUUCCGAGUCUGAUGACGACCGCGGUCCUCCGACGCGCCGCUUGGAGCGCCCCUUUAACGCAACCAAAUUGAACCCGGCUGCCAAGGCAUUUGUACCUCGCGGCUAUGUGGAUCACGAUAAUAUGCAAGAACUGGAAGAGGAGGAAAUAAGCCGCACUUUGCAUUUUGGAAACUAUACUAACCAGCCGCCAGCACGCUACACUUUUGGUGGCUACGAUUUAAAUCGGGACGACGACGUGGAGAUGUCCACGGCUCCGCUAAAGAACAACAUUGCCAAUGACCCGUUUGCCAUAUACGAGGCGGCUCGCAAUCGCAUCGAGCGCCCCUCGCUGCCAUCCCCGCUAAUUGUGGGCCGUUCUGAUACGGUUGAUAAGCUUUUUGAGCGCCGCCAGCGUAACAUGGUGGCCACUACCAAUCUUCCGGAGUCGCUGCGUGCUCGGUUGUUUGGCGGCGAACCGGAUCGUCGUGUCUCUCAUGGGAUCUAUGCCAAUGAAAACAGGAAUCGGGCUAGUGCAAGACAGGUCAUCCCCAGAGGUGGACGUGGCGGCGCCGGUGGUGGUGGACGUACUGGCAGCGGUGGCGGCAGCGGUGUCGGUGGCUCUUCUGGCUCUACUUUGACCCAAUCGAUAUCUUCGCGUCGUUCUCCACCCCUGGGUGCGGCCAACAACAAGGCUGGCUACCGUCUUCUAGUCAGCAACUUACAUGCGAAUGUAACUACGGCUGAUAUUCGGGAGCUAUUCAACGACAUUGGUCCCAUGUACGAUGCCCAUGUGGUCCGCCCCGGUACUGCCGAGGUGAUAUACAAGACUUUGGAGCACGCCGAAAUGGCUGUGGAGGCGUACCACCAUCGCGAGUUCGAUGACCAGCCAAUGCAUUGUGUGCUGGUCAAUCCGCACUCGUCCAAUCGAUCCUCGCACUCGGCAAGCUCACGCACAGUGACUACAAAUUCCUCCGGCGUGGAGGUGGACAUUGAUGCGCUCCAUUCGGUGCUUUUCCGGGACCGCUAGGCCGUUUUUCCUACCUGGCCAGCUGCAGCAAUUAUGUAACGCAAAAUAGGAAAUUUUCCAGCUAGACUAACUAUAUACAACAGCAUCCAGCAUCCAAAAUAUUGCGCAUCAUACUCAAAUGCAUCAUCUCUUUAGCUCUAAGACUUUCAGGCGCUGUCCGCAACUCAUGAGACGACGAAAAGAAAGAACGACGUAGCGUUUUUUUUCCAUUCAGUAAACAACAAGAAGAAAUA